AGCUGCGCCUCCUCAUUCCUGAGCCGUUUUCUUUUCUUCCUUCAGCAUCCUCGCUGGUUCCACUUGUGCUGCAACAAAAGCAAACAAACUGCUACUUGAACCUUUUGAAUAAUUCUGGAUGUUUUUGGGCACCUUUUGUAAAGCAGAGAGAUUUUAGACGGCCAAGGACUGGAAAAAAAUGCUUUAUUGUUCAAACCAAAUAGUUCAGUCUUUGCUCUUUGGAUGCCUGACUUUUCUUGUUGUGACCUCUGUUGUGCACACAGAAGGUCGUGUGUUCGUGUUAGACCUGAGGAGUUUACAGGGCUUCAGGGAAGCAGAGCAGGCGUGUGCCUCACAACAUGCCCGCCUGGCAUCAGCAGAAGAGCUUCAUCGAGUCGUGGCGGAGUGCUUCUUCUCUCACUGCACCCGUGGGUGGCUCUAUGGAGGCAUGGUGGGGACAACGGUCUGUAACACCGAGGGGAGCUCGCUGAAGGUUAACGUGAAGACGGAAAACGCUACAGAGGCCUCUGCCCACCUGAGUGCCUUCUGUACGAAAGACAAAGCGGUAGCGUGUGGGGACCCUCCAUCCUUCCCCAACGCCCGUCUGCAGGAUCACUCGGGCUUUGAGAUGGGGGACGAGCUGCUGUACACGUGCGUGCCCGGUUACGUGAUGCCCAGCGGCAGCACCGCCUUCAGCCUGCUGUGUGACAGCUGCGGGGAGUGGUAUGGGACCGUGCAGAUUUGUGUUAAAGACGCAGCUGAAACCCACGUAGACUAUGACGACAAGUUUGAAAAUUCCCACGAAGAGGCGGAUCGUGACCAUGAUAGCAGAGAAGAGGUGUUUAGAGAUGCAUCGCGAGAUGAGGAGAGAACCCUGCAGCAGCAAGAGACGAGGUUUUGGAUGAAUGUGGAGGACGAUAGCCACGAAGUGCACACUGGAGUGAAGGCGGUCAAUAACAGCAGGACUUCUGAACCAGCGGUGGACGAAGUAGCAAGGAGAGAGGAAGACGGCUUCACAAUCCAUCCCAGGAGGAUGCAGGAAGGGAACAAGCUGGUCCAGGCUGGUGAUGGUGCAGCAGCAGCAGCAGCAGCUACGGAAGAGCCUGUAUCUCUUCUCUCCCAAAAGCACAUGUUCUGGUUCCCUUCAGAGGCCUUCCAGGAGGAGGUACCGCCCUUCGCCAGCGACUCGGUCACACAGGCUACGCAGAGAGCUUCUGGCGCACAGUCGGAGGAGAGCAAAGAAAACGAGAGCCAAGAAAGGCUUGAAAUUACCGACCCCGAUGAUGACGAUCAUCAUGACCUUGAUAACCGUGAUGAUGAUCGUCAUGAUCAUCGUCAUGAUGAUCACGAUGACCAUUAUGAUGAGCCUGAUGAUCAUGACGACCAUCACGAUCAUCAUGAUGACCGUCAUGACCAUGAUGACCAUGAUGAUCACGAUGACCAUCAUGAUGAGCGCGAUGAUCAUCAUGAUGGUCAUGAUCAUGAUGAUGACGGCGAUGAGCUGCACAAGCCGGACACAUUUGAGUCUCCUGAUGAUGACAGAGAUGAUGAUGAUCAUGAUGACAGCCGCCACGAUGACCUGGAUAUCCAUGAAGACGACCAUACUGGCAACCACGAAGAUCCCGACAGUCGCCAGGAAGAGGAUUUUGAAGACCAUGUAAAGACACCAGCCCAGUUUGAUGACUUGGACAGACCUGAUCGGCACAAAGAUGAUGAUGAUGGUGGUGAUGAUCACGAUGACCAUUAUGACAUGGGCGAGCACGAAGAUGACGGCGAUCGUGCAAGUCAUGGCACCCAGGAAUAUGACGAUCGAGCUGACCCGUAUGACGAUCACCGAAGUAAGGAGGAUCACCAUGACGAUCACAGGGACCAUGGCGGAGAACAUCCCGAUAAUUCAGAGGAGCAUCCGGAAAGUGACGACCAUGACGAUGGAGAAGAGCGUGACGAUCUCGGUGAAGACGACUUUCAUGACAAACACGACGACAAAGAUGAGAGCUACGAUGAUCACGACAGUCACGAGGACAGCGAUGAUCACCCGCAUGUAGUCGUUUCUGUAUCCUCUGAGCGGCGGCCCAACAUCACUCAGAGGGAAGCAGGAGGUAAGACCUCCAAAGACAAUUCCUGGCUGGACGGACAUCCCGUUGAUCUGUCUGAUACAGAAAAUGGCGAUUCCACAAAAAGGCAGCUGAGACCCAGUGUGGCGAAGACAACGGAUAAACCCAGUGACGUGGAAGUCCACAGACGGGUUCCUCACAACGGUUUAUCAGACGGAGAUGGAUCCCCCACCGUGCCGCCGAAAUCAGACCACGAGGCGGUGAAGGAGGUCUGGCCUGGUUUCAGGACACCAGCUACUUCGUCUGACCGCUCAAACCCCAACUCAAACUCCGACACCCUGGAUUACGACACGCAACAAGCUGCUCCCACCCACUCCUGGCUGGACGACCUCACCGAUCAUCCCUUCCUUGAUCACGGCCCGGCUCCCCCGGUGCGUGACGGCGACGCCUUCCCCGCAGGGAUGGAGGAGCACACUGUGGACAAUCUACCGGGUGAGAUGGGUGAGAUGGAAGGAGAGAAGAGGAAGACGAUCUGCGCAGGCGAAGACUGCCCUCCCCACCCUCCGAGCUCGACCAGUCAAGGGGCGAAGGUGGCGGCCAUCAUUGUGGCGGUGUGCGCCGUGGCCACGGCGGUCAUCGUUGGGGUGUGGUGCUACCGACGGAAACAACAGAAGAGCUCGAUGUACGAGAUGAACGGGAAAGGCCAAGGCCAGAGCAGACAGGGCCAACAGAUAGAGAUGCAGCAGAAGGUGUAGGAACGGAGGACACUGACGAUGAAGAGCAGAGACAUUUAGGAAGGAUGGAAGAAUGAACAGGAGGAAUGUACUUCCCUGCAUCAUAUUAGACACUACUGCAGAUGUGAACACUUUGGGUUUGACAGCUGUCUGCAUUUCUGCUUCAAUAAAUAAAAUAAAAAAACGCCUUUUUGAGUUAGCUAAACUAUUCUGAUAGAGUUAAGAGUUGAUGAUGCAACGGAGUCCUCGCCCGUCAGUCAUAUGGAAACUCGUCUCUUCCUGUCACGCCUGCCCGUUACGUUUAAACCUGCUCAGGUCGCCGGAUGCACACGGGCCGUGCCUGAAGCCGACAGACUGAACCGUUGUAUGCGACAGUGACACCAUUACACAAGGCCUGCCUGAGACUUCCAGCUUUGAGAGGUUCUGAACAUUUCAGUGAAGCUUAUUCGCAUUACCUUGGUUUUUUUUUAACCGUUUUGAACCCCAUUGCGCAUUUUUCUUUAAAUCAGGAAUGUCUAACUCCGAUUCCUGGAAUCCGUUGUCGUGAAGGCAUUAGAUGUGUAGCAUCUUCAGCAGACCCGGUUCACAUGAUCGGUCUUAAACAGGUAUUUGCACAACUUCAUAACAGGCUUCAGCCAUUUGAAUCGGGUGUUGGGCAAAGGGUUGCCUGGCGCUGCUUUGAGAUUUUAUAACACAAUAAAAAAAAACUAUUUGAAGAUAGCAAUCGUUUAGAGUAUUGCAGAAAUCUACAUCUCCAGCCCUCGCAAGCCACCAUCCUGUAACUUCCAGAUGCCACUCAUGGUCCAACACACAUGAAUCAAAUAAUUGGGUCAUUAUCCAGGCUCUGCAGAAUUUGAGAACACGCUGAAAGAGGUGAUCCAGAUGUUUAAAUCUGGUGCAUGAGGACAGGGAUGCUUUAAAAGUUGCAGGACGUCGAUUCUUUGCCAAUGGGAGUUGGAGAGCUGGAUUAUGGUAAAUUGAGAAGAGAGAAAGAAGCAUGUGUGCAUUUUCCCCCCUCUGUGACAGCUGGCUGGUAAAACAUAGAGGCAUCCAUAAUGUACAGCAUCACAUUAAGUUCAGCUAUUUAAACAUUAAUUUUGUUCAUCAACUUUAAUAAACUUUAAAUGCAAGAAUUAGGGAAACACGUCUGAAUUUGCAAUAGAUUUUCUUGCGUCCACAGACUGUACCUACAGGCUCAAAAAUAUGUAGUAAUUUUGGUUACAUCUCUCUUUGCACCUUGACAACAAGCUUUUAGUAGCCAUUAACCAGUCCUCUUAUCAGAACUGGUAGAGAUAAUCUAAACUGGUGGGUUUUCUGGCACGGAUCGAGCUUAUUGGCAUAGUCCUCGAAUUUUCAACAGGUUUUAAGACCGGGCUUUCAGAAGGCCUUUCCUAAAAAUUCAACGUAAGCCAGAUUUAUCCUUUCCUAAACCAGAGUCUAAUGAUGAAAACCCGCCUGGGUCUAGAUCUCAACCAUCUGACAGACGAAAAGAAACCCGUUCAGAAGUUCAAUAUCAGGGUGAGGCUGACAUUAUAGUGAUCUUUGUGAGUGCUUAGGCUCCCCUUCUGGACCCGAGGCCUCAAAAAAGACCUUGAAUUUACACAACAUAAUCAAAUGUGUUAACUUUAGAGACACUUCAAAUAACAAAAACCCUCAGCUGUUACCAUAUACUUAAUUUGAAGCAUACAUAAUACUUUUUACUGUUUUUAUCUUAGCUGAGAAGCAGCUCAUGCACAGUGUAGUUGGUUAUAAAUAAAUUAGUGAGUUAUAACUGUUUUUUUUUUAUUUUCAUUCCCUGGUUAGCAGCCAAAGGCAGGUGUGGUUUUCAUGUUUUAAAAAAAAAGUUUCUGGAAGUUGAUUCUCUUUUUAAUACAUUACAAUGUUAGAUACUCGAUUUCUGCGGAGCUAAACAAACAUAUCGCUAAAAGGCUUCACAUUCCAGAAACUGUUUAAGUGUAUUGUCACAACAAAAAAACUUUGCACAUUUAUAUAUACAAUUACGUCCUUGUUCCAAUUAACUAAAGGAUGUGAGGCAAACUACUCAAAACUUUCUGACGAAACGGGGGAAAAUUAAUUGUGUGAAUUUAUUACUUCCUUAAAGAACAAGGAGGAAACCCCAAUGCUAAAUCAGUUACAGUAGUGUAGUUAUGCGUGAUAAAAAAUGGUCGCCAUCCACAGUAAAGACAGUUUUACUUUGCCAUGCACUGGGAGGAUGACAGCAGAGAGAGCUGUUCAAUUUUCCUUCUGGAAAAUGUUUUCUGGGCAAAAUUUGAAACAACGGUCCCAAUGCAAAGCCGUGUGUGUGUGGAGAUGUCAAGUGGAAGUUUUCAAACCUAAGAAUGGUCUACCAAGUGUCAAGCAUGGUGGUGGCAGCAUCAUGCUUUGGGGCUUUUUCACUGCCAGAGGUACAAAAAGUGUGUGGUCAAGGUGUAGCUGGCAAAUGCAUUUUCAGGGGGACUUAUUCAUAUAUUUGAGUCUAAACAGUGAAGUGGAGGAAAAACAAGAGUAGAUUUAAACAUAGUUGUUUAAAAAUGUAGGAAUAGCUACUCCAACUUCCCUGCAACACAGAUGAGAAAAUGCAAUUUGAUUAAACACUUCUCCUUCGUCCGAGUUCCCCCCGUGGAUGUUCUAUCUAUCUGACCCUGGAAAAGAACGGUUUUGUUCAGGUGUUUAUUCAUUUUUCUUCCAUUACUGAAAAACUGUGGCAGGUGAAUUAUCUGUACUGUACUGUACAAGAAGGAUCUGCAGAUCCAAAGACAGACUUCAUCUGAAAGCUUCCCUGGAGAAGAUAUCUCGUUCAGUCGGAGAUGUGUUCAGGACAGGAUGGCUGGAAAUGACGUUGAUGGAUUUGCUUAAGGUUGCUAAUUGAGUGCAACUUUAUUUGUCUGUGUGCUGUAUACAUGGUAUUUAGUUGUCUUUCCUUGUAUUCCGUUUCAAAUCUCUUUUAAAUAUAUUUUAAAGAUAGAACAUGUGUUAAAAUGUAAAUACCUAUAGGAGUUUGUAUAGGAAUAUAUCUGUUUUUUUCUAGUUUAAUAUGCAAGUAACAUUUGAAAUGGAUGUAUUAUAAACCCAGUGAGUGGGUAAGACACUUUGGCGUUGUUGUCAGUGAUGGUUUCUUCUAAUAUAUUUGCUGUUCUCAUUAGCUCCGACAAAAUUAUAUUUAAACCGCUGUUAUUUCAGACAUGGGAGUGAAGGAUGGGAUUAGUUGGAUCUGGCAGCUCUUUGCCAACCUGAUUUAUUCCCUAAGCCUGGAAAUAAUUGGAGUCCUCUUCUUUUCCUGGCGUGAUGAGAUUGAAGCGUAUUUAAAGUGGUGACAGCACAGGUAGUAAAUCGUAUUCCUGUGAGCCUAGGAUUGUCUUAGCCUUCUGCAUGUGUAUUUACAAAAAUCAUGUUUUCCUUCCCAAGGUAAAAGUAAUGUCUGCAUGAGUCAAUAAACUUAAUUGCUUAGUUCAGACUGCUGUACCCAAGAAAGAACAAGUUAAUAGCACUUCUGUGUUGGCAACAGUACGAUUAUAGUCAUGACUAAUAAUAUUACAAGCAAACCAUGAUUAGAAAUCAUACCAUGGUAUUAGAAAUGUAACCUUUCUGGUCAAUUUUUUUUUCUGCUGAUCUCAUAAUGUAAAGAUUAGUCAAACUCUUUGUCUAAAAUAGUUGUGAAGUUAAAAUGUGGCUUGUAUAUGUUUCCGUAAUCUUAAUAAAGAUAUAAAAAAUGUU